CUGACUGGUGCCACGCUGCGGCGCGUGCUCAGUGUGUGCGUCUCAGCCGCUGCUCGCAUCCUGGACAAGGAGCUUUCUCUGUCUGUCUUUAUGUCUUUUACAUACACUCUGUGUGAGUGUGUGUGGUGGGGCGUGUGAGUGUGUGAGCGCUGUCUGAUGGUAACCUAUGGAUUGACGGAGGGAGGCUAUUGUUGUCAGCCCGGUGGUUUUGUUCUGCUGGAGCUGCACUUUCACCGGAGAAUGCCCAGAGAAACCGGAGCCGUGUUACUUAACCUACUGCACGGAUAGCGCAGAAAUACACCCGAGAAACACGAUAUUGACAUGAAGAAAGACAUUGAGACUCUAAUAGCAGAGGAACGCGCUGAUAUCAUCUUGAAAUAUGCUACGGGCAGGCAGGGCGGGGUGCAGAUCGACCCCUGGGAAGAUGCUGACUACAGUAUCUACAAAGUCAUCGACCGCUUCGGCUUCAUGCAUGAGGAGGAGCUGCCGGCCCUGACUGCACAUGAGGAAAAGAGGAAACAGCUGGAGAUCGAGCGUGCGGAAAAGUGGCUGAAGAUGGCGAAGAAGUGGGACAAAUACAAGAACAGUGACAGGAUGGUGAAGCGGGUGUACAAGGGCAUUCCCCUGCAGCUGCGAGGCCGGGCCUGGGCCCUGAUGCUGGACGUGGAGAGGGCCAAGAAUGACAACGAAGGCAAAUAUGAGAGAAUGAAGGAGCAGGCCCGGCGGUACUCGUCCGAGAUCAAACAGAUCGACCUGGACAUCAACCGGACCUUUCGGAACCACAUCAUGUUCACGGAUCGCUUCGGAGUCAAGCAGCAGGCUCUUUUCCAUGUCCUCUCUGCAUAUUCAGUCUACAACACAGAAGUGAGCUACUGCCAGGGCAUGAGUCAGAUCGCCGCCCUGCUGCUGAUGUACAUGAACGAGGAAGACGCCUUCUGGGCGCUGUCGCAGCUGCUGACCAAUCAGAAACACGGCAUGCACGGGUUUUUUGUUCCCGGGUUCCCCAAACUUCAGCGAUUCCAGGCACAUCAUGAUCAGAUCAUUUCCAAACUCGUCCCCAAGCUGAAGAAACAUCUGGACAGAGAGCAGAUGUCUGCAGGGAUUUACAGCACUAAAUGGUUCCUGCAGUGUUUCAUUGACAGGACGCCGUUCACGCUGACCCUUCGGCUGUGGGACAUCUUCAUCCUGGAGGGGGAGAGGCUCCUCACCGCCAUGUCCUACACCAUCCUGAAGAUACACAAGAAGCGUCUGUUGAAGAUGUCUCUGGAGGAUCUCCGAGAGUUCCUUCAGGAGCGGAUCGCUCAGACUUUCUUCCACAGCGACGACGUGAUCAUCGAGCAGCUUCAGGCCUCCAUGACCGAACUGCGAAAGAUGAAGCUGGACCUUCCUCCUCCAGGGAAGCCUGAUGAGUUGCCUCGUAAGCCUCUGGGCCAGGAGCCGCCGGUGCUGCUGAGUCCGGUGCAGCCCUGCAGAGGGAAGCCGUCCUCCGCCAGCGGGUUCCCCCGAGCGGGCCUGAGCCUCCACAUCAUCUCCCACCAGCCAGACUCCAUCUCCCCAGACCAGAGCCCCUCCAAAGACCCCAGGGAUCUGGACGCUGUGGACGAGGAGGAGGAGGCCCCUCUGCCUUCCCCAGACCCCAUCAUCAUCCACAGCCGGGCGCCGCUCACUCCCGACGGCUCCCCGCUGACGGGGCCCCCACCUUACCGGCCCCCGGCGGUUGAAGUAGACGUGACAGCGGGUCGCACUUCAACCACAGAUCAGUGGAGGGAUGCAAUGAAACUGCAGAUUGCAGACGCCUCUACAGACGACUCCUCUGCAGCCAACCCUGACCGAUCCUCCAGCACGUUCCCGCGGACUCUUUUGGCUCCCGUAGCCCAGGCGGCCUCGCCGGCUCUGGGCCUGUCCCAGUCUGAGAGUCUGUCUGCAGCAGAGAGGGCCGAGGACAGUUACCUGGCCCAGCUGCUGGAGCAGGCCGCGGCUCUGCCCGCCAACAGGAACCCCAAACAGAACCAGGACUCCAGCGAAGCGUCGGAGGAAACGCAGGCUUCUGACAUUUCAUGA